ACGAGCAGACGUUGCAAAUUUUAUAAAGUUAAACAUGGGCAAUCCAAUCUGGUUCAUCUUUUGGUUUUUGAUUUUCUGGUUUAUCUCAUUCUUUGUGGCAUUUUUCUGCGCCGGUGUUUAUAUCAUAGUUUACAUCUUGGUUAUAUGUUUUCCAGGCAUGUCGGGCUUCACCGAUAUUUUACUGCAGUGCAUACAAUUUCCACAUUAUUGCGCUAAAGCUAUGCUGGAAUGUCGAUCACCUUUCUAAGCGAAUGUUUCGCUUCUUAUUUCGCUGAU